UCGAUGAAACGACGCUUGCUCCAUUGUCCAAGCCGCUGGCCCGUCUUUCCAAUGCCUUAACCUAGAAGCCGAACGAAGUUUGCGGUCUCAUGUUUUCUUUGAAGCAAUUCUUCCUUGCCGCCGUCCUCGCGGUGACGCUUGUACAGGUGCACGCCGUUCCUACGCUCGUAGAGCGCGAGACGGUUGAGCUUGAUUGCGGCAUUGUGGAGGGUGCUGAGGACGUCGCCAUUGGUAUGACCUCUGAUGCUCGCUUCGACGGUUUCCUUCAAUUGACGAUGGACACGCAGACUCUGCCAGGCGCUGCCCGUAAGCGGCUCACGAGGGGCGGGAUGAGUGAGGCUUGGAGCCAAACUGUGAGUUAUGGCACAUAUCAAGACGUGGAUUGGGGGCUCAUCGAUACGCGUGCUCUCCAGUCUUUCACAUGUUUCCGAAGGGUACGGUAGAUGAAGAUAUCUGUGUGUUUGCAGAGUGUACUGCUACUGUGUUCGCAACGGAACUGUAAUUAUUGCUACUGCUUCGUG